UGACGCCUUCGAGCCACAGACUUGCGGCGCAAAAGCUACGCACAUUAGCAGCAGCUCCCUUCCGCAUCAUGGUGCUUUCCUCCGUCGCGCGCGCGUCCACGCGCUCGCUGCGUUGCUCACGUACAUUGGCGGCGCGUUCGCUGUCCACUUCGGCGCCGUUCGAUCCUCAGGUUCCGCACUACGAUGUGGUGGUUGUGGGCGGCGGCCUCGUGGGCUCCGCGUUGGCCUGCCAGCUCAAGAGCCACCCUGUGUUCAAGGGCAAGAACGUUGCGGUCAUUGAGCCCGCUGCUCCUCCUGUCGCGCCGUCCGUGGAGGAAGAUUCACCUGACCUCCGUGUAUUUACCAUCACUCCGGCCAGCCAGAAGCUGCUGGAGAGCACUGGAGCCUGGAACCUCAUCGCUGACGGCCACACUGCCGUAUUCAAGGACAUGCAGGCCUGGGACGCCAUGGGCGACGGCUUCAUCCGCUUCGACGCUAACAAAAUGAACAAGGAAAUGCUAGGCCACGUCGUGGAGCACCGUGUACUGGUGCGUGCGCUGCACGACCGCAUGAACCAGUUGGCUGCUGACACCGACGACAGCGCCCCGCUUAAGCUCUACUGCCCUGCCAAGGUCAAGCACUUCCAGCGUCCCACUGCUGUGUCUGGCAUCUCGCACAUUGGCCUCGAAGACGGCCAGCGCAUGAAGGCCGACCUUGUGGUGGCUGCUGACGGCGGCAACUCUAUCAUCCGUUCGCUCUCGGCACUCGGCACUUGGGGCUGGGACUACGACCAACAGGCUGUCGUGGCUACUGUUAAGACCGAUCGUGUGAACGAGACGGCCUGGCAGCGUUUCUACCCUACGGGUCCCGUGGCUCUACUGCCCAUGCGCGAUGGAUACUCGUCGGUGGUGUGGUCGUGCACAGCCGACAUGGCCAAGGAGCUCACGGCGCUCAGCCCCGAGGAGUUCGUGGCACGUCUUAAUGAUGCAUACUCCGCCCCACCGAUGGCCCCCGUGCCGCCUGAGUUCCCGGGAAUCCCGGUGCUCUCGGACCUGGUGAAGGGUGUGCACCACGCUGCCAACACCAUCAUGUCGGCUGCGGCUCUGACGGAGCCGUUCGUCGCCCCACCUAAGGCUGUGGCCACGGUGGGCCACCGCUUCGCCUUCCCGCUUAAGUUGAAGCACGCCACCAAGUACAUCAAGCCUGGUGUUGCCCUUGUGGGCGACUCUGCCCACACGAUCCACCCGCUUGCCGGUCAGGGAUUGAACCUUGGUCUGGGUGACGUGAACGCUCUCAGCAACCUCCUUAUUGAGGGCGUGAAGAGCGGUGAGAACCUCUCGAGCGAGUACUUCCUGCAGCAGUAUGAGGACGAGCGUAUGAAGGCUAACAUUACCAUGCAGCUGGCUAUGGAUGGCUUCAAGCGGAUGUUCGGCCCCACUCCGGACGCAGUCUCUGUGGCACGUAACGUGGGCAUGGGCACGCUCAACGCCGUGGAACCGCUCAAGAACCAGAUCAUGAAGUAUGCCAUGGGCAUCUAGACAACCAGUAGAUGGCGAGUUAGCGAUCAUAUCAACUGAGCACGUAGGAUCAACUUCUAUAUCGUCUUGCUAUUGGUCACCAACUUCCAUCGUCUAUUCCUCUUUGAGUCGUUUGUCCUGCGUCGAGAACAAGUGUCGGUUGACUUCAAAGAUGGAGAUAUCACCGAUUCCAGG